GUCCCGGAUCAGGUAGGUAGCCAGCGUAGGCAGGAAGUGUUCACACAUUUUUCCCAUUCCAGGCCACCUUGGCCCUGUGAUACUUCACAACAGAUCUUGUGAAGUCUUGCCCUUGAUCUCUGGGGCAUUGGGAGAACUCAGGAGGUUCUUAAGGCUUUGGAGACGGGGAAGGCCGUUUCCUAGCAGGUCUUUGAUGGUGUGUAAUUCCUACCUGGCCUGCUGCAGUCUGGGGAUCUUCUUUUCCUCCUAGCUAGCCAUCAGCUAAUCCCUUCUGAGUGGUUGGUUGGCUGAUAGAGUUAGUUGUUUGUUGGCCGUGACUUAGUUUUUAAAAAAAGAGCUCCAGGUUGCUGUCUUUCAGGAGACCUGAGCAGGAGGGUCUUCCCUCCAUCCCAGCUUUUUGAGACUUUCUACUUUACUGCAGCCAGACUCUGAUCUACCUCCGACCCCAGGUUGGCUGUGGGACACCCUGCAGGCAGUGAGCUCCCCUUGGUGGACAGGACAGUAACCUUUCCAUUCCUUUUGGCAUUAUGAUUUCCCAGAGGUAGGGGACUGAUUUACUCAAGGCCGAAACAGGAGCCCUGGUGACUCAAAUCUGCUUUCUCAUCAGUAGGUAACUUGACCUCUGGGGCCUGAGCAGAGGAAUGGGGAUAGGACUUGAAGUUCCCCUGCCCUCCGUCUCUCCUUGCUGUGGGCCCAAGGAGGCACUGGCCUGCUUGUCCAACUCCAAGAGGCUCCCAGAAGGGACGGUGGAGGAGUAAGGAUCCGUGCCCCUCAGGUCCCGGAGGCUGCUCAUUUGCCUCCUGUUCCAGUGGCCACCUGGGCCGCCUGGCAGUAUUGAGCUUUGGCUCAGGGACAGCCCGGGAAUGCUUGCUUGUCUUGUGUCCUGUUUAGUGGGGUGGCACCCCACCACCAGCACCUGGGGUGGGGUCCGGAAGAUUUUUUCAGUUCUGAGGGAGGUGCUGUCUCUUGACUUGCUUUGCCACGGGAGAGGGAAAGCCUUGGGGACUGGACUCUGGCUUUGGCUGGUUGGGUGCACGGGCUGGAUUCCCACGCGUGGGUGUGGUUGGGACAGGAAGAAAUACCCCGGCCCCGGGAGUCUGGGCCAUAGUCCCCGCUGGAGGAGCUCUGCGCGCAGGGUGGGAGCCAACAGCGGCUGGGAUCCGCCCCUCGGGCCCCUCCCCUAUGCAGCCGAGGCCCGCCCGCUGGGGCUCCAGCACAUCUGGCCCUCCCGCGCACAUCUGGGCAGCCAGCCGCGCGUAGCAUGAACGGCUCCCAGGCGGGCGCUGGGGCCCCGGCCACCUGGCUGAGCUCCUGCUGCAACCAGUCGGGGGUGCCGCCGCCGGAGUCCCCCGAGGCGCCGCGCGUCGUGCUGGCGGCGGUGCUGGUCGUGCUGUCGCUGCUCGUGCUCUGCGGCGUCCUGUUCCUGGGCGGCGGCCUCCUGCUCCGCGCCCAGGGCCUCGUGGCGAUGCUGGUCCGCGAGCGGCGCGCGUCCGGCGAGGCCGAGCCCGGCGGCGCCAGCGGAGGCGAGGACGACUCCUAGGCGCCCGUGCGCUCGAGGGUCGCGGCCUCCAGGCGGCCCAGGACUCGGCGCCCGACGGCUGCUGCGGAGCGAGGGCGCCGCGUCCUCCACCGAGGCUGGCACCCGCGCAAGUGAGAGCGGGGGGGCAGCUCUUCAGCGACUCGGGUUCGCCCUGCACGUCCACCAGGAAGCCGGGGCUGAGGAUUCCCAGCUGUGGGGGCUCCAUCUGGCUCUCCUGUCUCUGACUCUCCAAGGACAAGAACCAUCUGGAGGGAAGGGCCUGGGUGGCCUAAAGACAAGGUAAUUCCAGGCCAAGGCCACCUUGUGGGGAGCCACAGGGGUUGGGCAGGGAAGACUUCACUGUCUCCUCUGCUCAGCAUUGUACCUGUGGGCUCCCGGGAGGUUUCUGUGGGGCUCUUCUUCGGGGGUGCCUCUGACCUGUUGCUUGCCAAGGGCAGAGGCAGGGUCCCAGCUUCCCUCUGAGAAGGGAGUCAGUGCAUGUGAGGGGAGGCUGGGGAGCGGAAGGUGGCGGCGUGGGCGGGGUGCGGCUGAGCAGCUGCGAAGCUGACGACGUGUGAUCCCUGCACAGAGCAGCCCAGGAUUUAGCACUAAUCCCGGGCAGUUGUACCACGCUGGCCUUGCUGAGCUGGGGACUUCUCACCUCACGGAUGCCGCUGCCGCCCCUUCAGAGAGAGGGCUGGCCAGGGCGGUGAGGGGCGUGAGCGUGUGACUGCUUCUGGCGUCAGGGCAGCGGGCCAGAACUGGGGCCCCGGGCCACCUCCCUUUGCGGCGUGCCGGGCGAGGGGUGAGAAUGCCCUCUUUUUAUUGUAUCCAGGUGCCUUCGCCCCCUUGCCUGAUAACAUUCUGCUGUUUUUCGACCCUUUCUCCGCCCUGUGCUCUUCUCUCCUGCCCCAACCCGGAUAGAGGAAUUUCCAUAUCCACUGUGAACCCUUCAUUUUGCAAAUGGAGGCAUUCAGAGAGAAGAAAGUGACAUGCUCCAGUGAGUGACAGAGCUGAACGAAGCCUGAGGCUCCUGAUUCCGAGCUCAGGGGGUGGGGGCGUCCCUGAGCGAGAAGGUUCCUCCUUGGGUCGUUCCUCUUGCUCUGUCCUUGAUUUCCCGCCACUCUUGGAGAUGCUGAUGCAAAAUACGACCUCUCUCCGUGAAAGAAUGAACCGUCACAUACACACCCCUAUUUGGCCUAUGGAAUCUGCGACUGGAACCCCAGGCCCCCAUGUUACUGCCUCCCUCUUGACCCUUCUUCCCCAGCGGCCUUGUUAGAUUGCCUUUUAUUGCUGGCUACAGGCUUCCAGCCGCUGGUAGCUGUUCUCCAGCCAGCAGGGCUCAGCUUUCCUCUGGCCUGAACCUGAGGGUGGGGGUGGGCUCACAAGGUAUCUAUGGAAGACACUCCAAGGGGAUGGAGGAGAGGGAUCAGAGGUGAGGGUGAUGACUUUGGAUUGGCGUUUGGAUUCAAGUCUGGGUGGUGGUAGGGGUGUAGAGAGAUCUGGUAGAGGGAAGGGCGGUGUCCCCAGCGUCAUGUGUCUGCGGGGGACCGAGCGGGUAGGCAAAGGCUCUCUUUAUCCAACUUCCUGCCUCUGCUGUCCCUUCAGCUCAGUGCUGGGAGAGCCCUGCCGUGGCCUGUGCCAGGGACCUCGAUGUUCCUGGGGGAAGAUACUGGGAUGUUUGUUGUGGAACUCUGACCCUGGCCAAGGCUGUCUGACUAAGUGAGGAGGAAGAAGAUUUAGAGAAUUGGCGAACGAGUGCUGCUGUCUUCCCAUCUCUCAGGCCGCAGCUUGGAGUGACAGAUUCUUGAGCCUCAUGUGGUCUGUCUCCCAGAGAGCUUUGCCACCAGCCUGCAGCACCAGGGAACUCCUGCUACCUUUGAUCCCUGAGUGGUGCAGACCAGACUGGGAGAAAGCUGGCUUGUGGUGAGGCCUCCACCUGCGAUCCUUGCACUCAGCCCUGCCUCUUGUUUGCUCAGUCCGUUCAGCCUCCUGCAAUACCCGUGGACGUGGGGCUGGGAGGUCAGCGCUCCAGGGAUGAGCGAGCCCCCUGAGCAGCUGCUGCAUGUCCGGGGCGCCGGAGUGCACGUACACCCUGGGUGCUCAAUGCGGCAGAUGCUGGCUCCGCCCCCUGACUUGCAGGCCUCCGAUGACAGGAGUGCAGCCCCUGUCCCAUCUCUGAUACCUGUGUCAGACCACACUGGCUGCUGUGGUCUGACAGGCCAGUGACCCGUCCCUGCUGAGGGCCGUGGGUCAGUGUCAUCCAUUUGGAGAUCUUGGGUGCCCCAGCAAUGCCCUAUCACUUCCUGUGGCUUGUUAUUAAAUACGCUGGUAAUGCAAGUGUGGGGUGUACGGUCUAUGUUUUCAGCUCUAGACUCUUGGCAUUAGUGGUACCCUGCUCCCACCCUCCCUCCAGUUUGAACUGUUUCUAGCUGAUCCUGAAAGAGCAACCCCAGCCAGGGCCCCUCUGCCCUGGCCUCUCCUCAGUGGUGGCUAUUCCCCUCCCACCCCCAGAGCCAAAUCUUUCCAAGGGUGGGUAGCAAGUGGGGCCGACAGUGACGUUCAUGCCGGCAGUCGGCUGCCCCCCAGUGGCCAGUGCGGGCCAGAACACCACUUCCUUCACCUGGUGUUCUGGGGUGUAAUCACAGUCCAGCCUUAACCCGAGGUGCUUUGAAAUGAGAGUGGAUUUUGUGAGCGUGUGCACUGAAUUCUAGGUGGUAAACCAUCCUGAGCCUCCGUCUCUUCAUCUAUAAAAUGGGGGCAACAGGGGGCACCUGGGUGGCUCAGUCGUUAAGUAUCUGCCUUCAGCUCAGGUCAUGAUCCUGGGGUCCUGGGGUCGAGCCCCGCAUCAGGCUCCCUGCUCUGCGGGAAGCCUGCUUCUCCCUCUCCCACUCCCCCUGCUUGUGUUCCCUCUCUCGCUGUUUCUCUCUCUCUGUCAAAUAAAAUCUUUAAAAAAAAAAUAAAAAAAAUAAAAAAUAAAUAAAAUGGGGGCAACAGUGUCCUUGUGAGGAUCAAACAGGCAAUGUGCUUGUCCAUAGAUAAAAGGUUUUCUACACUGUAAUUACCAUGUGAUGUUAUUUUUCUCCCCCCCGAACCCGACCAUUCCCAGAGAAGAGGUGUAGAACCACCCACCCUGUUUCUGGGAACACUUGAUUUAUUCAUCUUUUCCACGAGUAUUUACCGAGUGACUGCUCUGUGCCAGGCAGGCUCUGGGACCUGGGGAUGAGGUGAACGCCCCAGAGCCCUUGCCCUGGAGGAGCUCACAGUCAGGUAAAGAGCACUGCUCACAAAACUGAAGUUAACAUAGACAGUAAGUCGUGCCCAGUGUCAACAGAGCCAAGAGCAGAGAGUGACCUGCUCCUAGAGAAGGGGGUGUACUGAAUGGGCACUCACAAGGCGAGGAAGGGGAAGAAGAACA